AUGGACCCCAACGGCAACAACCGUCUGCACCUGAAUUUCGGGUACAAUGAGCGUGCAUUCAACCCAGCUGCGAUGAACAACCGCGCCUAUCCUACAACACCUUCCGCUUUCCCCCAGCCGAUCUAUCAGAAUCAGGGUCCGCAGGAUUUAAUGGAUACUCAGAAUGGCGCGUAUGGUGGACAAGGAUACUUCAUGAACAACCCGUACCCGCCGCAGACGCCGCAGUACGCCCAGGCAGCUUACGGCCAGCAGAUGGCGUCCCCUCAGGCUACCUACCAGAAUCGUGUCCCGUACAACGAUGGUACCAAUGGUUUGAUCCAGCAGUUCUCGAACCAGGAUCUGAAUUCGCCUCGCGGGGGGUUCUUCAACCGCAAUGCUUCGCCAGGGCAGCGGCCCCGGACGGCGGGCUCUUCUGCUCCCGGCCAGCAGCAACCACACCUGGUUCCUCCCAUGCCUCGCAGCCCCCGGACCCCCGCUGAGAAUGAGGAACUUCAACGCAACCCCGAGCGGUUCUCUGAGAAUGUUCAUAAGCGUGGUAAAGCCGCCAAGGAGUUGGUCAAUGUGUUCUUCCAUGAGAACAUUGAACGUGCACGGGACCGCAACAUGCGUUCCGCGGAACUGGACAAGCUCAUUCGUGACCCCGCCGUACCCAAGGAAAAGAAGUGUCAAGACACCGGAGCCGUUUCCAUAAAGGAAUCCAACUUCCUUCGAUUCCUCCGGACCAAGGAAACCCCGAACAACUUCCAGACGAUUAAGGUUAUUGGAAAGGGUGCAUUUGGUGAGGUCAAACUGGUGCAACGGAAGACCGAUGGCAAGAUCUACGCUCUCAAGUCUCUCAUUAAGACUGAGAUGUUCAAGAAGGACCAAUUGGCCCACGUCCGUGCGGAGCGUGACAUUCUUGCCGACUCCAAGGACAACCCGUGGCUCGUCAAGCUGCACGCCUCGUUCCAAGACACCGCUUACCUUUACCUGCUGAUGGAAUUCUUGCCUGGUGGUGACUUGAUGACCAUGCUGAUUAAGUAUGAAAUUUUCUCGGAGGACAUUACGCGAUUCUAUAUGGCGGAAGUGAUCAUGGCUAUCGAGGCUGUUCAUAAGCUUGGUUUCCUGCAUCGUGAUAUCAAGCCUGACAACAUCCUCCUUGACCGUGGUGGUCACGUUAAGCUAACGGAUUUCGGUCUCUCCACCGGUGGCAAGAAGACACACGACAACUCGUACUACCAGAACCUGCUCAAGAACUCGACAUCCAAGGACAAGAACCGCAACUCGGGGUACUUCAACGACGCGAUCAACUUGACUGUGUCGAACCGUGGGCAGAUCAACACCUGGAGAAAGUCUCGCCGUGCUAUGGCGUACUCGACCGUCGGAACACCAGACUACAUUGCUCCCGAAAUUUUCAACGGCCAAGGGUACACCUACCUGUGCGACUGGUGGUCGGUUGGUGCCAUUAUGUUCGAGUGUCUUGUUGGGUGGCCACCAUUCUGUGCUGAGGACACUACCGACACCUACCGUAAGAUUGUGAACUGGCGGGAGUGUCUUUACUUCCCCGAGGAACUUACUCUCUCUCGUGAAUCUGAGCAUCUCAUUCGAAGUUUCCUGUGUGACCCUGAACACCGUAUUGGUAGCGAAGGUGGCCAAUAUGGCGGCGCCUCGCAGAUUAAGAACCACCCCUUCUUCCGCGGAGUGGUUUGGGAACAACUUCGCAACAUCCGCGCUCCGUUCGAGCCGAGACUUAGCUCGAACAUCGAUGUCUCGUACUUCCCCAUCGACGAGAUUUCACAGGAAGACACCAGUGCCAUCCACCGUGCUCAGGCUCGCGCUAUGCCGGACGAGCAAGAAGCGGAGAUGAGCCUGCCAUUCAUCGGAUACACGUACAAAGCAUUCAAUGCCUUCCAGGGCAACUGA